AUGAUAUCUAAUAGAAAAAGUUUGGUGUGGAAGUUUUUUGAGCAACAUUCUGAUUCUGCGCUUAUGGUUUUGUGUGUGAUAUGUAAAAAAAAAUAUUCACAAAAGGGACGUGGGACAUCAUCCCUUUGGAACCAUUUGAAAGCAUUUCAUAAAGCAGAGUAUGAUGACUUAUCUACAGAACAAGCAAAACAAGCAAAGGAGAAAGAAGCAGAAAAAACACCUUUGCAAAAAGCAAAAUCAGAAGUGAAGCAAAAAAGCAUUGCGGAGUGCUUUCCAAGUGUAAAAAUCUGGGAUGUAAACAGUUUCAGAUCAAAAAAUCUUGAUAAAAUCAUUGCAGAGAUGCUAGUAAUGGAUGAUUUGCCAUUUAGUCACGUGGAGGACCUGGGUUUCAUGAGACUGAUGACUGAAAUAUGUCCACAGUACAAACUGAAGCAACGUAAUUUUUAUACAUCAAAAAUUUGUGAUGAAAUGUAUGAUUCAGCAUUUGCUAAAAUAAAGUCAAUUGUCAACAAAAACCAACUGAACUGCAACUUUGCGUUUACAACAGAUGUUUGGUCAGAUACCUCUGCAGGUGUCUCGUUACUUAGUCUUACUGCUCAUGUUGUAACCGAAAAAUUGGAGAGAGUAAACUUUGUGUUGAGUGCUGAACCCUUACAUGAGAGACACACUGGAGAAUACAUAUCAAUGAAAUUUGAUGAAAUGUUGGAAAAGUGGGAUAUUCCAAGUAGUACUGUUCAUUGUGUUUUGCGUGAUUCUGGUGCAAACAUGAAAAAGGCUCUCUUCCUCUCAGGUCUGAACAAUAUAGACUGCACUGUGCAUAAAAUCCAUCUAGUGGUGAAACAAGGAUUAUCUUCAAAAGAAGAAAUUGGUAAUCUAAUUCGGAAGUGUCGUUCAAUCGCUACCCAUUUUCACCAUUCAACAAUGGCUCAAGAUGAACUUAAGAAAAUCCAAGGUCGACUUCAGGAGCCUAUGCUAACUAUUAUUCAUGAUUCUCCUACUAGGUGGAACAGUACUCUAUAUAUGUUGGAGCGUACUCAAAAAUUAAAGGAACCAUUAUGUUUAUAUGCUGCAUCCAAUUCAAACUAG